ACAACGAGGAGUCUGGUUGAUAAUCAGAAAGGACCUCCUUCAUUAUUGAUCAACCUCAUCCUCACUCCUUCUGGCUUCUGAUUUUUUUUUUUUUUAAAUUCAACUCUAAAAAGAGAGUGAGAGCCAGAAGACGUACUUUGGGAAUAAGAACUGUGGGCAGAAAUCUUCAUGUGUAACUACCCAGAUUCUUUCCAUGGGAUGGUACCGUCUUCAUUUGAGCAAUUCCUUCUCACUCAGUUUCUUGGAAUUUAAUUUAUCAGCCACUGAAGCUCUCUUCCUUUGAAGGGAGAUAACGUUCAUUCUUGGACUUCAGGAAGGGAUCUCCCUCCCCCAUCCUGUAAACGGAUUAUCGUAUUUGAUCCUGCGUGGAAAAUGCCCCUUCAAAAAGAAUACAAACUGGUGAUAGAGAGUUAACGUUUUUGUGAACAGAAGAGAUCUCAUUGGAGGGUUUGCUUUGGUUUUUGCUUCCCGAAAAGAAUGAUGAAGAAUUGGUUAUCGUUGUUGUGUUCUCUCUCUCUGCUGAUUUUAUUUCAGGUGUAUGGAAACCAUACAUGGCUACGCAAACACCCAGGCUUUGACGUCCUAGCCCAAGCGUCGCAUUAUUGGCCUCUGGGGUCUGUGGACGGAAUCCAUGAACUGCGGGACACAAAUGGAGCUUUAAGAUUCCACAACUUCACUGUGCUUCCUUACCAUAAUUCUACUUUUGUAUAUACCAAUGAUUCUGCCUACUCUAACUUCUCUGCAACUGUAGAUAUUGUAGAAGGAAUAGUAAACAAGGGCAUUUGUGUCCCAGAUGCAAAGGGAGUGACGUUUCUUCUUUUUGGAAGCCGUCAGAACUCUUGCAUCAUUAACCCGCAAUUCUGCGAGCCUGAAGGCGUGACCUUCUCUUUUUUCUGGAAGACUCAGGAGCAGCAGACUGAGACUCCUCCAGCAUAUGGGGAUCAGGUACUUUCCAGCGGAUUUAAGGUCUACUUCAGCGAAAGCAAAGGCUCUGUAGAGCUCUUUAACCAUCAGAUUUCAAAGAAGUGGGAAGCAAAUUUCAUCCCACCAGGUCCCCACUGGACUCAUGUCCUAUUUACCUGGAAAUCUGAAGAUGGUUUGAAAGUCUACGUCAAUGGAACUUUAAAUACCACUGACCCAAAUGGGACACUUUUCUACAGCUAUGAUACCUCUAAUUCAAACAUGUUGACAGGAUUUGAGGGCAACCAGGAAAAGCGUUAUGUCAAUGGAGCUUUUGACGAAUUUAUCAUAUGGGAAAGAGUGCUGACAGCCAAUGAGAUCGAGCAGUAUUUUACUGCUGCUAUAGGUGACCAGUCUUUGUUUUCUUCAACAGCUCCGUGGGGACGGCAGGCAACAGUGACACUUCCAAUGCUGUACAGAAAUGCCUACCAGCCCAUUAUAAUUAACCUUACGGAGGAGAGACGAAACUUCCAUCAACCAGACACCAUGUUGGACUAUCUGGAAAACAUUUCCCAUGCUUUACCCAAUAAGUCACUUACAGCAAACACUGCCUUCAACCUUACUGAGGCUUUCUUUCAAACUGUGGAAGGUGUGCUUUCAUUACCAGGCUGGCUUGAUAUGUCACAGACAACACCCAUGGCUGGAGACUUAGUUGAAACAAUUGACAGUGUGAUGUUUCACAUUGGGCACAAUCUGGGAGGAAGCACAUCAGCCAUAACUGUCGAAGGCACAUCAUCUGUGGCAGAUUACUCUUUGGUCAAAUUGCCUCCUCAACAUCUGAAUGCACCUCACUACCGGUUCCCAUUGAAAGGGCAGAGUUAUAUCUCCAUCCCUGGUGAAGCUUUCCAGUACAAAGCCUGGAUUACUAUUGUGGGACUUCUUUACCAUACCAUGCACCAGUACUUCCAAAGUAUCAAACCGAUGGAAACAGAGAUUCCCGAAGCUGCUGCCUGCAAGGACUGCAUGAUUUUUGUAACCAGCUACCUUAUCUCCCUGAAAGUGGAGCCCACACCAACUUUGUCCCAUAAUUUGUCUGAUUCUCCGCUCAUUACCAUCCAUCUGAGACAUAAACUGACUCCUCUCCAAUAUAGCCAAGCACUGAACAAAAGCAACCAAGUGAACCUUUACUGUGCCUUUUUGGAUUACAGCAGUGGAAGUGGUGUUUGGUCAAACCAAGGUUGCAUACGUGAUGACGGGGAUUUCAACUAUUCGGUCUGUUUGUGCAACCAUCUCACAAACUUUGCCAUUUUGAUGCAAGUUGUGCCACUAAAGCUCACAACGGGACACAAGGUGGCACUGUCCUCCAUCAGUUACAUCGGCUGCACCUUCUCCAUCCUCUGUUUGAUGAUCACCUUGGUCACGUUCGCCAUUCUGUCCUCUGUCAGCACCAUCCGUAACCAGCGCUACCACAUCCAUGCCAACCUGUCAUUUGCCAUAUUAAUGGCUCAGAUCCUACUGCUUAUAAGUUUCCAGUUCAAUCCUGGGACGGUGUCCUGCAAAAUCCUCGCUAUUCUUCUCCAUUUCUUCUUUCUGAGUGCUUUUGCAUGGAUGCUGGUGGAAGGAUUUCAUCUCUACAGUAUGGUGAUCAAAGUAUUCGGAUCCGAAGAGAGCAAACACUUAUACUACUAUGGAAUUGGAUGGGGCUGCCCGCUGCUUAUCUGUGUCAUCUCAGUAACAUCAGCUGUGGACAGCUAUGGAGAGGACAGCAACUGCUGGCUUUUGCUGGAAAACGGCGCAAUCUGGGCUUUUGUGGCCCCAGCUCUGUUUGUUAUCAUGGUCAAUAUCUGCAUUCUCGUUGCAGUCACCAGAGUCAUCUCAAGAAUAAGUGCAGACAACUACAAGGUGCAUGGGGACGCCAAUGCAUUCAAGUUGACGUCCAAAGCAGUUGCUGUCUUGUUGCCUAUUUUGGGGAGCUCGUGGAUCUUUGGCGUUCUGGCAGUCAAUGCACAUGCCUUGGUGUUUCAGUACAUGUUUGCAAUAUUCAACUCCUUGCAAGGGUUCUUCAUCUUCCUCUUUCACUGUCUCCUGAACUCAGAGGUUAGAGCUGCCUUUAAACACAAAACUAAAGUAUGGUCACUCACCAGCAGUUCGAUCCGCAACAUCAAUGUGAAACCUUUCAACUCAGAUAUUAUAACAGGGAACAGGCCAGGAACAACCCCUACUAAACUCAAUACCUGGGACAAGAGCACCAAUUCAGCAAACAGGAUUGAUCUCUCAGCAGUUUGACAUCAAACCCUCUCAGCCCCUCCUCCCCUCUGGCAGCCAAACCAUAUUCCUCAGGACCUUCAGCAUGGUGCCUGCCUGCCUGCCCGGAAUUUUCUCAGAAUUUGUCCCAGUAGGAACUACUCCUUUAACCACCACCUGCUAAACUGGGGAGACAAAAAAUGCCACGUUGCAUUGGAUUGCAACAGUCCUCCCAGCUUCUGUUAGCAUUACAACCUACCACUCAUCCAUUAGGAAUAGCUAUGGAAUAGCUAGCGACAAUAUACACUGGAUGGUCUUGUAAGCAGCAGCAGAGACACUUAGUAUGAGGAAAUGGAUUGCGCUGCCUCAGUAAUGGGACUUAGGAAGGUUAGUGGCACCUCAGGAACGAUGAACAUGACAUGCUUUUCCGCCUUGCAAAGCAAAGGUUUCUUGUGGCAUUAUUAAAAUUCGUCCAUUCCUGUCCAGCUCUGCAUCCUCCAUUUACAUUAAGUAACUUGAGCAAUCCAAUUUCCCAGGAGAAGCUUAGCCAGAAAACACCCAGCCAAUGGACAUUUCAUCUGAACGUGGUAUGAAAUCCAAAGCCAGGGGGGAAAAUAGAGUCAGCAUCAAGCUAUGCUUUCCCAUGAAGCAUUGGCUUUGGAACCAGCAAAGAUGGCAAACGUUGUGUGUAUGUGUCCUAUACAUCCAUUUGGGUUUUGCCGUGAUAAAUUAUAAUAGCUCUUUUAUCCACCCGAUUGGCCACCUGUAGUGAGAUUUCAUUGGAGGAUCUGUUCACGUCAGCUGAAAUAACCUUAAAGAUGAGCCAGGCACCUUCAGUCUUUCAGAUGAGAAUCAAUGACUGUCUGCUGAGUAGAUUUUGCAGACAGAAUUAAUCUGCAAACUUUUGGAAAUCAUAACAGAGCAGAGCCUGGGACUUAUCUGUCUGCUUUGCCGGGCAGAGUGGGGCGCUGAAUGCCAAACAGGAGCAUGCCAAGUAAAAAUGCAAAAUAAUAAUAACAAACACCUCCAUACAACUCAGCAACAAGAAAAGAAUUACUGUGAAGUCGUCAGCCAGACUGCAGCUGGAUUGUGUUAUUAUCCACAGAUGUCAUUUUUUAUAUUAUUUUGUUUCCUGAUAAAGAAAACUUAAUUUUUUUCCAGCAGUGCAAUGAUGCAAUAUCUUUUGAAGGGGAAAGCAACACCCGUUUUAAUUCUACAAAUGUAUUUUUCCUGUCUUCAUGGGCUUUGCUGCUAGUGUUUCUUUUCUAAUAUAGUUCCAGACAUUGCCUAGACACAUUUUAAGCCUGUCUUUGCAGCCUUGAGGACUAGAAGCAUGCCUUUUAAACAGCACCAGUGCAAGGGAAUUGCACCUCCGCUGUCCCUUCCACCUCCUCCUUGCUGCCUAUAUGCCUCACUCUGAGAAAGGAUGAAGGUUAGGGCUAGAAAGAUCGGUCCAUUUCGGUUCUCUCAGUUUCUCAUUUUUCCAUUUUAUUAAAUUCAGUUCUCCAUAUUUCUGCAACAAUUUGCAUUUUUUAGAAAAACUCUAAUGAAAAUUCUUCAGCAUUUUAGUGCUCAUUUCUCCUAACAAAUACAGGUUUGUAUGCAUUUUUUUUACUAAUGUUCACAUUUUUGCAAGCAAUGUCUCCUAAUGUAAUGCAUUUUUGUACGUAAUUUUCAUUAAGGUAGCAAUUGGUAUGCAUGCAUUCUCCUAAUAUAUGUAUUUUUGUAAACAUUGGUUGGUUGGCGAACUGCAUUGCAAAAUUCAGAGAAGUGCAAAUUUCAAAGGACGGCUGUGUUUCAAUUCUCAUACCAUUUCAGAAAAAGCGAAUUUGAUAAGAUUAUGCUUUAAAUGAGAACUGAAUCAAAUUUCUCCCUCAUCCCUAGGGAAGGUGAUGCUUCCUCAGACUGGGGCAUUCUAGGCAAGGCAGCUGGGAAAGCACCUGCGCUGAUUCCGCAGCUGCUUCAGAUUCCAUUUACACUUGCUUUUUAAAAAAAAUCCAGUUCCUUCAUUUCCUCUGCUGCCCCACCACAUUCCAAAUUUGAACAGUCUAACUGCUAUGUAAAAAUGUGAUGUUCCUCGAUCUUGGUCCUUUAUCAGAGUGAGCAACGGGGGCAGGCUGGAGAAGCCGUGAUGGAGAAGCCACUAGAGGGAUGGAGCUGCAGCUUCCAGCUGUUUCGCUUCUUGUUUGCAAUGGGGGAGGGGAAAGGCCUCCUUGAUGCUUGUGCAGGAUGUAAUCAGAUGGGGACGGGGCUGGGUGGAAGGCAGAUUGGAGCCAGAGAGAAUGGUACCCCAUGCAGAACAGAACAGGACUGGCCAAUCAUGAGGCAAAUGAGCAGAGGAUUUGCCAGUUUACCACUUCCCCAUGCCUGCUGGUUGAGAUAUUCUGUCUCAUGAUUGGGCUGGCCCUGUUUUGUUUUGAAAAAAAUAAUAAUAUAAGUGGAGGGGAUACUCAGGAAGUUGAUUUCUGUGCCCAAUACAGAAGAGAAAUGACCAUAGCAUGUGCAUAUACAUGCUUUGCAUGGAGAAGGUCCCAGUUUCAGGCCUUGUCAUCUCUAAGUAGGACAGGUGAAGAUCAAUGAUUGAAAUGUUGUAUAUGGGAUGUAUACAACAGUGAGCUAGAUGUAGAUUCAGUAUACGGCAGCUUCCUAUUUUCCCCUGAAUUGCACAGCUAGGGAAGAACAUAAGGUACACUGUCAUCUGACAGAGGAGAAGGAGAAGGAGGUGUCUUGCCAAUGCCUUAGGUGAACUCAGUGUGCACUUGAUAAUAUGUCUGAGAAUCACCUGUGACACACAUGGAUUCACUGGCAGGUAUUAAUGUGGAAAGAUCUGAAGUCUGAAAAUCGUUGCACUAGAUCAGGUUGUAUAUUUCUAACCACCAAACUCUUGUGAUGUAUUUAACCCAUUAGAAACAUCUAUUAAAGAGAAAUACAAUAUGAAUUCCCUCCCUUUCAAACAAAAAGAAAAAAAACACACCUUCUCCUGCCCACCUCAGAAGCAGCAGCAAAAGUCUGCCAAAUAAAGGACAGGGGUGCAAAAAAUGUUUGCAAAACUGAAAAGCGAGCAAGAUUUUUAGAAGUCAGUUUGGAGGGCAGGAGAGAUGGGGAAUUUGGGUCACCGGCAAGAGGUGGAAUCCUGGGGUUGUAUCCAACUAAGUCCUACUCAGAGUAGACCCACUGACAUUAAUUAACCAAAGUUAACUAUGUCUCUUAACUUCUGUUGGUCUACUCUGAGUAGGACUAGCAUUGACUACCAACGCUAUAGUUUUGUUGAUUUGUUUUGCCAUGUUUCCUUCCCACUUAAUGAUGCUUUUUCAGGUGGGCUGUCACUUGUUCAUUGGAGCCGUUCCUGAGACCUGACCAAAAAAAGUAACCACGUGAUCCAGUGACCCCUGAGACUGGCCUCUGCUAAUAUGUUUACAGGCAUGCUGUUGUGCUAUGAUUAACUCUGGAAAGGGAAGAAAUGAGAGGAAAUAAAAAAGUACAAGAUAUAGGAAGGAUUGGGGGGAGGAGAAAUAUGCAAGUCUGUGCAGUGGUCCUAGGCUCUCAACAGUGGGGAAAUUGUGAUUGAUAUGUCUGCACCAUUUUAUUCCUAUUUUAUUUAUGACUGCGUAACAUAACUCAAUUUCCAUGCUUUGCCUGUACAGAUUAAGCAAUGCUUCUAUCAAAAGCUAACUUCUUAAUUCCAGGUGGUUUUUGGAGCUAGAAAACACUGUAUUAGAACUCUUAUUUGAUUACUUCUUUUGUUAAGACUCUUCUAAUCCUCUUUGUUUGAUCAGCUUCUGAUCAAACACACAGAAUAGUGUGUUUGAAUUGGAAUAUGAGUAAGCCAUAAAAGCUGCUUUUCCAUCUAUCUCUGUUCAUCAUGCUGGACUGUCUGCAUUUCCCAUUGCUUUGCAGUGUGCAAUAAAUGUGCUGAAGAAGGAAUCUCCUUUUUCCCCCCUCCUCCUCUUCCUCAAAACGCUUUUCUAUUCUACAGCCCUUUUCCGAAGUACAAAAUCCUUGCCAUUUAUUUAUGGGCUUUUUAAUGUGGCUUUUGCGAUAUGUCUUUGAGACAGCACAAUGUUCUCAACAAGAUGGAACCUUAAUUGAAUGAGAUGUGAGUUAAAAAUAGAUUAUGUAGCAGCAAUGAUGUCUUUGCCUCUAAAGUAAUAAAAUGGUUGAUGUGACUGUUCCCCUUGCUGCCUCUCAAAAUGAAAAAACAACAACCACCAAUUCUCAGCUUCCUAAUAAAGAUAAA